AUGUCCGUCAUCACUACCCCCAUUACGGAGCUGUUCAAGAUCAAGCAUCCCAUCCUCCUUGCUGGCAUGAACGUCGCUGCUGGCCCUGAACUGGCAGCAGCAGUGACAAAUGCAGGGGGCCUGGGAGUGAUCGGAGGUCACGGCUACACGCCCAAUUUCCUCCGCCAACAAAUCCGUGCCAUCAAAGCCGACCUGCAUGAUAAGAAUGCACCCUUCGGUGUCGAUUUGUUAAUACCUCAGGUCGGCGGAAACGCUCGCAAGACGAAUGUAGACUACCAGAAAGGACAUCUACCAGAGCUGAUCGACGUGAUCAUCGAGGAGAAGACGACUCUCUUCGUCUGUGCGGUCGGCGUGCCUCCGAAAUGGGUGGUUGAGAAGAUGCAUGCGGCAGGCAUCCCAGUGAUGAACAUGGUCGGACACCCGAAGCACGUCCCAAGGGCCCUGGAGCAGGGCGUCGACCUGAUCUGUGCACAGGGUGGUGAGGGCGGCGGACACACGGGUGACGUCCCAUGUUCGAUCCUCAUCCCAGCAUGUGUGGACGCGGUCAAAGGGCACACGUCGCCGCUCACGGGCAAGCCGGUGUACGUCAUCGGCGCGGGCGCAGUGUACGAUGGCCGGGGACUCGCGGCGAACCUCAUGUGGGGCGCGCAGGGCGUGUGGGUCGGCACGCGCUUCGUGGCGAGCGUGGAGGCGGGCGCACCGAAAGCGCACAAGGAGGCGGUCGUGCGCGCUGGGAUUGACGAUACGACGCGCACAUUGAUCUACAGCGGGCGGCCGCUGAGAGUCCUCAAGAUACCUUAUGUCGAGGACUGGAAUAACAACCGACAGGAGGAGAUCAAAGAGCUGACGUCCAAGGGAAUCGUCCCUCACGAAGAGGAGAUGCGCAAGCACCCCGAAAAACACGCAAAGGCGAUCACGUUCCUGUCCGGCCGAGUGGCCGGCCUCAUCAAGGAUGUCCUCCCUGCGAAGGUCAUCAUCGAGGACAUGGUCAAUGAGGCGGCUGAAGUCCUCCAGACGGGCGCAGCGAAGGUCACGGUGAAGGCUAAGCUAUGACAUGUAUGAUCUAUGUAUGGGCUAUACUUCAGGCCGGCUUGUCGAGUGGUAAGGUUGUAUAACACGCAGGUAAUUACUGAAUAUUGAAUGCUCAAGUUACUUUACCUUAUGCUCCAUGUAUGUCCGUCGGUCUGCCAUGCCACCUGGCGAUGCCGGCUACGGCUAAGCGCGCUAAGCGCUCACUGAUUUUUUUGAAUUUGAGUGGCCACAUGCGACGCCAUCCUAGGACCCCCGAAAAUCCCUAUGGGGAGGCCGGUCCUGAAAGUCACUUGGCAGAUCUUUGCAUUCGGGUCUGACGUCAUUGCCGUCAUCGCGUCCACUCGCCGUCCACACGAUAUUUUUUCGCUGGACUGCUCACUUCAUCGCUCCGGGCACAAUGC